UGUCUCAUUCUUAUUAGAACUUGUGACCAUGACAGUACAGAUGUUGUGUCUACAACAACACUCUACAUUACCAAAUAUUUGACCUUUUAUAGAGUAUUUGUGCUCCAUUCUGACUUGCAGGCUGCAGGGCGCUUCCUGCUUCAGGAUGACCCAAAAAGCCGCUGGGAAAAGGCAAUGGAUCAGUUCUGGAACCAUGUGUCAAAGGUUGAGGAGAUGAGGGACAUCAUCAAAGCCACCCAGCUCGGCAGAGAAUUAGACACACUGAUCAGUGACACCAUGAUGGAACUGCAAAUGUACAAAGAUGACCUGCACUCAAAACUGGGCCCUUAUGCGCAGGAUACUGCCAAGAGAUUCAAUGAAGAUCUGCAGCUGCUGGCCAGUAAGCUCCGCACACAUCUGGAGGAUGCUAGGGAUCGUGUCAGUGAAUACACAGAGGAGCUUCGAACCAUUGUGGAACAGAACGCUGACGAGGUCAAGAACAGGGUCAACACAAUUGCAUGACCUCUUGCAUAUCUU